AUGCUUUUAGACGGGAGGUAUCACAGAGUGGUAAAUCCGUACGCCAACUUUAAGCGAGCUACAAGCAUGAUGUCGCAUUCAAGCACGUUUCUGAGAUACGCAAGUCCUAAUGAGCGCCGCACGAUCAGUCGCGAAGACCUCGGCUUCUACCAUGCCGUCGUUGUGGGUGCCAUUUACGAACUAGACAAAGAUAUCGAUGUCAUAUCGGCUCGCUCUUUUAUCUCACCCUUACAACAAUGUGUAUUGCGACAUACAUACUUGAGUGUGGUGGUCAACGACAAGCACACCGAACAGCCAGCCUACGAGGCAGUGGAAAGCGUGAAUCUUGAGAACCACAUUACCAUCCUCGACAACCACGAAGUUAGUAGCGAAGUGGAAGCGAUGGCAAUCGAGAGUGCCCUACCAUCCCUCCUGGACCGACCAUGGCCGGCGGAUCUACCACCAUGGCGUAUCGUCGUCCUCCCGCUCCGCUCGCCGUCCGCCGCCACUGUAACGCGUUGCUUGAUCGCGUUCGCAUUCUCGCAUACCCUUGGCGACGGUGUUGUCGGACUGACCUUCCACCGUACCUUCCUCCAGGGACUGCGGGAAGCCCCCGAUACCAAUGUACAGGGCUCAGACUCAUCCGUGGUGACGCUCCCGCGUAACCGCACGCUUCCACCUCCCUUCGACACCCCCGAAAGACUCCCCAUCUCGUGGGGCUUCCUCCUCCGCCCCCUCAUAGCCGUCUACCUGCCCAAGUUCCUCGCCAACAUGCUAGGCAUCCGCGCCCACGCCGCCCAGCUUGAGGCAGGCACGUGGACCGGCUCGCCCAUGUUCUUCGACCAGACGGCCCCGAAGCAAAGUCGCGUUAAGCUCCUUGAGAUCGAGGCCCCACUACUCCAGAGCGCAUUGCAGGCUUCCCGGCGCCACGAUGCCAAGCUUACAGGACUGCUGCACCAGCUCAUCGUCCGGGCGCUAUCCAGGGCGAUCCCAGAUGACAAUGUAACUAACUUCAUCUCCGGCACGGCGGUCGAUAUGCGCGCCUCGAUCGGUACGCCGGCCUAUACCUGGGGACUGUUCGUGUGCGGUCACUUUGAGGGUCAUCCGCGUGCGGCUGCUGAUGCAACGCAACCGGAGUUGUCAGAGGAGAUGUGGGCCAGAGCCAGCGCCAUGACGAAGAAGCUUGCUGAGUGUGGUGCGAAGCUGCAGGACCAAGCGGUCGGGUUGCUGCGAUAUGCGCCCAGUAUCAGGAAUUGGACGUUGGCGAAAUUGGGCCAGCGGCGAGACUGCUCGUAUGAGGUUAGUAACUUGCUGGCUUUUGAUGGUAGUGGGGAUGAGACGAGCCCCAAGCAUUCGAAGAUUAGCAAGAUGGUCUUUGUGCAGCCUGGUAAUGCGACUAGUGGGGCAAUCGUGUUCAACUUUGUCAGUGUUAGAGGGGGCAGCUUGGUGUGCGCGGUGAGUUGGCAGGCUGGGGCUUUAGGUGUACCAGUAGCGGAGGAGAUGGAGUUCGUUGAGGGCGUGUGUGCCUCUAUUCGAGCCGAUCUGGAAGUUUUGAAGGAAAGGUGA